UAAGUUGUAAUUUGUUUCGACAAAACACAUUACCGUGGAUUGCCAUCGUGAGAUUCCAAGAGGGACGCGCACGCGUAUCCACGCGAUACUUGGUAUCAGAGGGAUGCGAACAAAAGGAAAGGAAUAAGUGUACGUGUGUGUAUGUAGGCUGAAGAGGGGGAUGGCGAGAAGAAGAGGAAAGGGUGAGAGCGAGGCAGUGGGUCCGAGGGUAGUACGCGAAUAACACAUAAACGGGGUGAACGGCGCUCGCAGCCGAGUGGCGAACGAUAAAGGGUAUAUCGGUCGAUGGAAGGUACAUAGAUAGCAGUAGUGAUCGUUGAAGCGAGAACCGUGUAUCGACAUUAGGCGGUGUCCUGUCUGUUCUUGUGAAAUAGAAAACCCGCUGAACGAGGGAAAGGGUGGGAGAAAAGGGUGGAAGUAAAGGUCAAAGAAAAGGGGAAAGGACAGCAAUCGAGCGAAAGAGGGUGGUGAUAGAAGAGAGAGGAGGAGGAGGAGAAACGGGACGCAAGACGGUCGAAAGUAAAAAUAAUAAAAAAAGAAAAAUAGUAAGGGAUGAGGGUGAACAUCGUAUUCUAUAUAUCGUCAAAUUUUUCUAUGUAUCUCGGAGCUAGAACGAACGUAAGAUCGAGGAUGAGUAGCAGGGGUUGCGAAGGCGAUAUUAACUCGAGGGUGGUUGAGUAAGCAGGCCUGCUGGCUAACGAAGAAGUGGAGGAGGAGGCCGCUACCGCCGCCGCCUACGCCUACGCGGCGCGCGAACACGUCGAGAACGCAACGCACCCGUAACCCACAGCUUUUAUGUAAAUCGAUAAUUCGAGUAGGACGCGCGGCGACAGUGUGCUACGACGUUCUAGUACAAAUAACAUAGAUCGAGUGUUAUCGGCGAGAAGAGUGAUAGAGAAAGAACGGCGACUCGUCGUCGCCCGGUCGCGUUCCGUCGCGUUAGAAAGGGGGUUGUUUGCACGCACGCGUUCGGCUGGUGUAAACGCGAUACCGAGUGCUCGGUCCUACCGACUAAUCGUUGCCUUUUCUCGUGUCUUACGACCGGUACCAUCGUACGAUCCGCUGACGAAUGAUGUGCAACGUAUCGGAGAAAGGGUUGUUUCAGCCGAGAACGAUGAGGAACCAAUUGCGUAAUUCGCGACGCAAACGAUGGCCACUGCGUAUAGGAUUGUUCCUCGUCUACGUGCUGGUCCAGUACGUAACAUCGGAGAAUGUAACCGAGUUACCGUUCUCCUAUCCGGAUACCACGGAGCAGGAGGACAAUUCGACGGUGGAAUCUACCUCGGAGUUGCCAAUGAUCGCGGAGGAAACGAAUAUCGAGCCACCGAAGGCGGAGAAACCGUUGAAAUCAGAAGAAAAGCCUACGCGAGGAAAAUCGGGGAACGUGCAGGGACAAUCGCAAGAGGAAACACGGGGGAAAGAUGCGGGAUUGCAUUUACUGAAGAACGUUCCGAGAACAACAACGGUGCCGACGACGACCACGAUGAAAUACGAACGCGCCACUUGGAGACCUCGACGGGAAAAUUGUUCGCCACCGGCCAUCGAGCAGUUUCCGCGACCUUUAAUGGGCCCAAACGCUAGGAAACACGGUGGACUGAUCAUCCAUAUCCUAGUCGCUGUUUACACGUUUCUUGGCCUGGCCAUCGUCUGCGACGAUUACUUCGUCUCCAGUUUGGACAGAAUCUGCGAAGAACUACGACUGUCUCCGGAUGUCGCCGGUGCAACCUUCAUGGCCGCCGGUUCUUCGGCCCCGGAAUUGGCGACCGUCGUGAUCGGCGUCUUCUUCGCCAAGGACGACAUCGGGGUGAGCGGAGUGAUCGGUAGCGCGGUGUUCAACAUAAUGUUCGUCAUCUCCAUCUGCGGGCUGUGCACCACCACGGCGUCCAAAUUGAACUGGUGGCCUCUCUGUCGAGAUUGUUUCUUCUACGCCGUUUCGAUACUCGUGAUGCUCGGUACAAUUUACAACGAAUCGAUAUCUUGGACGGAGUCUCUUUUCAUGUUGAUCAUGUACGGCGUCUACUGCGUCGCGCUUUCUUUCAACGCGAGACUGGAACGCUGGGCAAAGUCUUACGAUAUACCGUUCUUGCCAAAGGACGACGAACCUGCGGAAGAGAGCGCCCUGGUUAGCUAUAAAUCGUUACAGGAAGACCGAUUAUCUUACACGGGUCCGAGUUCGCCGGUCACGGAUCAGUUCGAUAAAAUGCAGGAAGGUAAACGAAGGAGCCACGAUUUUCCAAAACCUUCUCUGAAUCGUUCUUCCAUUCUGAUAGGAGAAAUAGGAGGAACGGCAGGAGCAGCCGGACCACCAGGUGGUCCCGAAACGAACGAACCUCCGACCCGGAAACAGCCGGAGUAUUACAAAGCGAAAGAGCCAGAUCCUAAUGAAGUAUCCCCGUUGGAAAGGCCUACCGACGGAAGCCAAUGGUCUCUGUUCACCUGGGGUUUGGUUUAUCCGAUUCAUUUCUUGUGUCGAGCCACCAUGCCCGAUUGCCGACAAGAGAAGUUUCGAAACUGGUAUCCCUUCACGUUCUGCGUGUCCAUGGUUUGGAUCAGUUUCUAUAGUUACAUCAUGGUGUGGAUGAUCACGAUCAUCGGCAGUACUCUAGGUAUACCGGACACGGUGAUGGGUUUGACGUUCGUCGCGGCCGGUGUCAGCGUGCCGGACGCGCUCUCCUCGUUGGCGGUGAUCAAGGAAGGCCUGGGAGACAUGGCGGUGAGCAACGCGGUCGGAAGUAACGUGUUCGAUAUACUGGUCUGUCUGGGACUUCCUUGGUUCAUCCAGACGGCUAUGAUUCAGCCGGGUUCGCACGUGAACGUUACCAGUCGAGGUUUGACGUAUUCCACGUUGUCUUUGUUGUCGACGGUGGUAUUCUUGGUACUGGCAACCCACUUGAACGGCUGGAAGUUGGACCGACGAUACGGAGUGGUAUUGAUGCUUUGGUACUUGGUGUUUAUCGUGUUCGCCUCGCUUUACGAGCUAAACGUUUUCGGCGAGAUGAAUCCUCCCGUAUGCAAAAGCGCCUUUUAAACGGACGCGACUCGACGUUACGUGUUCAUCGGUACGCGUUGUAUUCGUUCGAUAAAACGCGAUGCUUUUCUUCCACCCUUUCUCCCCGUCCCUAUUCUAUCUCGACCUAGCCUACUUCUUACUCUCGUCCUAGCCUACUUCAUCCCUUUUCCUCGUUUCUUUAUCUUGGAAAAUUCUACCGUUGCUUUGAAUUGGAAUCGAGAAAUACAGAAAAGCUAAAGCGAGGAGAAAAAACGGUCGAUUCGUACCGUUUUGCCUUGGAAUUGAAGCGCCUGGCCGGAUAAAAAACUGGCGCGACGCGACGUGGUUUUGUCGUUCACGCGGGAAUAAACCGGGUUGGGGGAAGGUUGAUAAGACACUAUUAAUUUCAUCGUUGCUCGUCGCGUCGUAAUGAUAAACUGUCGCUUCCAGCGGUAUCGAUGUUAUCGAACGUCUUCUUCCAAAAUUAAAAAAUAGAAAAAAAAAAAGAAAACGA